AACGGGAGCCUUGAGAAUUGGUUGUAUGGAGAAGACUGCCAGUUGAACCUUUUCCAAAGAAUCACUGUAAUGCUUGAUGCGGCUAUGGCAAUUGAAUAUCUACAUCAUGGUAAAGAAACUCCAAUAGUUCACUGCGACCUAAAGCCAUCAAAUGUUCUUUUGAAUGAAGAUAUGGUGGCUCAUGUUGGUGAUUUUGGUAUCUCCAAAAUUUUUGCUGUAAGCAAGUCUAUCGCACACACAGAGACAUUGGGCACUCUUGGAUAUAUUGCACCAGAAUAUGGCUCAGAGGGAAUAGUAUCCACUAGUGGUGAUGUUUAUAGUUACAGCAUCAUGUUGAUGGAGAUUUUGACAAAAAGACGGCCAACAGAUGAAGAGAUAUGCAGUGAAAAUCUUGACUUGAGGAAAUGGAUGACACAAUCAUUUUCAGGAACUAUGCUUGAAGUUGUGGAUGCCAAUCUUUUUCCGGAGGAAGAACAAAUCACUUCUAAAAGUGAAAUCUGCAUAGCUUCCAUGGUCGAAUUGGCUUUAGAUUGCACAAAGGAAAAUUCAGACUCAAGAAUAAGCAUGAAAGACGUAGUCAAGAGGCUUAAUAAAAUCAAGAACACAUUUCUGGAAACUUAGAAGCUA